AUGGCACCUAGACUCCCUCCUCCCCCGCAGCCUAACGAACCUGAUGCGUCCAACAACGCUAGGUUGUUGGAGACGGUGAUAGACCGCUUACAGCAACAAAAUACGACCCUCAUGGAGCAGAACGCCACCCUGAUGCAGCAAAAUCAAGCUGCUAUGCAGAGCUUGGAGUCCUCUCGUGCAAAUUCUGAGACCACGCAGAGGCAGUUGAUGGAGAUACUUGCAGCAACUAGAGGUGCGCCUGGAGCAUCCUCUUCAAACGCUGCUCAACCGAAUGCUGAAUGGAGCUUGGAAAGUUUCCUCCAACACCAUCCGGCUAAGUUCAGUGGGAAGGGUCUCCCAGAUGAAGCAGAUCAAUGGUUAAGGGAUAUAGAGAAAAUUUUCAAUGCCAAGAGAUGCCCAGAUGAGAAUAGAUUAGCGUACGCGGAGUAUCUGUUAACGGGAGAAGCGAGUCAUUGGUGGACGAGCGCGAGAGCCAUUCUCGCAGACGCACGACAGCCAGUCACUUGGGAAGUGUUUAGGGCUAAGUUUUAUGAAGAAUACUUUCCGGACAGCGUUCGGUUUGCGAAGGAGGUAGAAUUUCUACAACUGGUUCAAGGAGGUAUGUCUGUUUCCGAAUACACCAAUAAGUUCAAGCAUCUCGUCAGAUUCAAUACCAUGGCCACAAGUGAAGUAUGGCAGUGUAGAAAGUUUGAAAACGGAUUGCGGAGCGACUUGAAAGUGUUGAUAUCCAGUUUGUGUAUCCGAACGUUCCCUGCUAUGGUUGAGAGAGCCAAGGUCUUGGAGAGGAACAUGGCAGAAGCGGAACGUCAGAAGAGGUCGCAACAAGUGAGUAGAGGACCAAUCGUGUCCAGGGGAGGUGCUGUACAGAGGAGACCUCCUUACGCUCGUCCAAAUCAGUCUUCUCAGACGAGCGGAUCUCAAGCAGUGGUUCCUGUCGGACAGUCUGGACAGGGAAGUGUAGUUUGUUUCCGAUGUGGAGGACCACAUUAUAGGUCUUCAUGCCCUCAGUUGGUGGGAGUGAAACAAUGCAAUCGUUGCGGAAGAAACGGACACUUGGAUCACGAGUGCAACAUGGGCGGACGUGCAGUAAUGAGGCCGCCGAACGCUGGGAGAAAUCAGCAGGGAAGAGGUGGUCGAGCCCAAGCUACUGGACGGGUAUAUGCAAUCACUGGAGCGGAGGCAGCGAGCUCAGGUACGCUCGUCACUGGUACCUGCCUAGUUCAUGGAAUACCUUGCUGUGUGUUAUUUGAUUCUGGGGCGACGCACUCCUUCAUUUCGAAGGCAUGUGUUGAAAAGCUGGGGAUUUUAGAGAGAGAUAUGCAGUUCGACUUGGUGGUAUCAACACCAGCGGCUGGAGAGCUUAGGACAUCUACUGUAUGCAUUAGAUGUCCUAUUGUGGUUGAGGGGCAUAGUUAUAAGGACGUUUUUCCAGAAGAAAUACCAGGGUUACCUCCUGUGCGUGAGAUUGAAUUCUCCAUUGACCUGGUGACCACAGCAGCCCCUAUAUCUGUUCAACCGUACCGUAUGGCGCCUGCAGAGUUGGUUGAACUCAAAAAGCAGAUUGAAGAGCUAAUGGAGAAGCAAUUCAUAAGACCGAGCAUUGAUUUGCGUUCGGGAUAUCACCAAAUCAGAGUGAAGGAGGACGACAUCCAGAAGACUGCUUUUAGGUCGCGUUAUGGACACUACGAGUACGUAGUGAUGCCUUUUGGAGUAACAAACGCUCCUGCAGUGUUCAUGGAUUAUAUGAACCGCAUUUUCCGGCCAUAUCUGGAUAAGUUCGUGGUCGUUUUUAUAGAUGAUAUUCUCAUCUACUCUAAGACGCAAGCUGAACAUGAAGAACACUUGAGGGCAGUGCUGAGCGUGUUGAGGGAAAAAGAAUUGUAUGCCAAACUGUCCAAGUGUGAAUUCUGGAUGAAGGAGGUGCAAUUUCUGGGACAUAUUGUGUCCGCUGGAGGGAUCUCGGUAGACCCAGCAAAGGUGCGAGCGGUUAUGGAAUGGGAACGCCCGCGUUCAGUCACGGAAGUGAGAAGCUUCGUUGGUCUUGCGGGCUACUAUAGGCGUUUCAUAUAG